AUGGACGAGCUGUGGGCGCGUGCGUCUUCCUCGGUGACCACAGAUGUGAGCGUUGCCAGCGCAAAGCAAUACACCCACGUCGUCGUGGGCUGUGGUCUGGCCGGUCUGACCGUGGCUGUGCGCUUGUCAGAAGACUCCAGCAACACCGUCUUGUGCAUCGAAGCAGGAGGAGAUUCCAGGACAGACUCGAGGGUGCAAUCUCUCGGGGCAUAUGGCCAGGCUUUUGGCUCGUCCCUAGACUGGAGCUUCAAGACGACUUCUCAGGCCUCGACUGGAACUACCAAGACCAUUCAUGCCGGUAAGACGCUGGGUGGAUCCACUGCCAUCAACGGAGGUUCCUGGGGCAGGCCCGACAGGUCGCAAAUUGACGGCAUCGGUAGUCUGGGCAACGAAGGUUGGAGCUGGGACGACCUUGAGACGUUCAUGAAAAAGUCAGAAAACAGUCACGCACCCAACUCAGCUCAGAGCUCAGCGGGCGCACAGUGGGACUCGGACGCUCAUGGCACUAGCGGACCCCUCGAUAUCAGCUUCCCGCCCUCGAUGUACAGUGGUCCUCAGCAGCCAGCUUUCGUCCAGGGUCUCUCGCAAGCCCUGAACGUCACUCAAGUAGCAGACCUGUCCUCAGGAGACGUCACUGGCGUGGUAGCCUACACGCAAGACUCAAUCCUACCAGAUGGCGACCGCGUUCGCGUAUCAUCUGCCACGGCUUACCUCUCCCCAGUUGAAAGCUCGCGAUCGAACUUGGUCGUACUGCUCAACUACCGAGGUAUCUCUAUCAAGUGGGCGUCUGGCAGCGGUGCCCGUGCCACUGGCGUAGUAGCGAAGUCCUCGGCCACUGGUCCCUCUACCACAUUCGGAGCCUCAAAAGAGGUCAUCGUUGCGGCUGGUGCCCUUCGAAGUCCCGUCUUCCUGGAAUCAUCCGGCAUCGGCGAUUCUUCCAUUCUCUCCAAGAUCGGCGUCUCCACUAAAGUGAACUUGCCAGGUGUCGGUCGCAAUCUUCAAGAGCAAACGAUGAAUUCCAUCGGCACGCCUUCCGGCAGCUACGACUUUGGAGGGGACGGUCCCUCGAAUGUCAUUGCCUUCCCGAACAUCUACCAAUUGAUGUCGAACGCAAGUGACGUGCGUAGCUGGAUCGAAGCGAACAUGAACGACUGGGCUCAAGCGCAAGCCAACGGCGGCUUCGUCAUCAGCAAGGAGUCUCUAUUGAAGCAGUGGAACAACACACUCACUCUUCUCUUCGAUAAGAAAGUCGGAGCCGUAGAAUUCUUUGGGGACUCGGGCUACCCCGCUGGCGGCUUUGGCAUCGAUACCUGGCAGAUGCUUCCCUUCUCCAGGGGAUCGAUUCAUGCCACCUCUGCCUCUGGCUUUUCCCGAUCUACUAUCAACCCAAACUACUUUAGUGUACCUGCAGACAUGCAAAUCACAGUCGCAGGUCUUCGAGGAGCUCGCAAAGUACUCAAGUCCAAUGCCGUCUCGCAGGCAUUGGGUCAGAGUGAAUCGGUUCCCGGCUUCCAAUUGAUUCCUGAUGGCUCUAAUUCAGGUCGUUACGACCGAUGGGCCAGCUGGGUCUUGGACCCCAACGCCGGCUUUUCUUCGGUCGCUCAUCCCAUUGCCACCUGCUCCAUGCUGCCAGAAGCUGAUGGCGGUGUUGUUGGAUCCGACUUCUUGGUGUACCACACGCAGAAUGUCCGCGUGGUCGACGCCUCGGUCCUGCCCACACAGAUCUCCGCCCACCUGUCCGCAACGCUAUACGGCAUUGCUGAGAAGGCUGCCAGCGUCAUCGCUGCUGCGGCAUGA